UAGACGGCAUUCUUAAGUACACAAACCAAAAUCAUAAAGACUCUUCUCGUGCAAGGAGUAUGUGCUCUAGAGUAUAUUCAACAAGCACAAUUAAUUCUAAAACAGGGGUUGUGGUUACAAAGUUAAACCCCCCUUCUCUCUCCAGACUUAAGAGAUAUCUGAUCACCAAGAAUGAGAAAUAGCUCCUGUGAGAGUUCAAAUUUAAGCCUUGAAACACAGACUUUACCAAAGUAUUGCCUUAAAGUUUCUAAAUUGCCAAAUAAGAGAAGAGUAAGUUAAAAUCCUAAGUAUCAGCUCUCAAUGGAAUGAAACCCUUCCUUGAAUUGUGACAAAAAAGUUGAAUUCUUUCUCAGAAGAAGCCAGACAACAAAUAUCCCUCCAGCCAAAUCGGACAAACCCUCUCGUCUGUCCAUGUUUAACAGUCAUCUAAAAAGAAGAACGAAAUUACAACCCAAGAAGGUGUCUCUAAAUAAUCAAAUUGAAAAACUCAGUAAUUACGUGAAAAUUAGCAAGAGACUUAUCCGUAAAUAAAGUAGAACUCCUUAACAAUCCUCAGGCUUAUAAUAGGAUCGAGCAAAACAUCUUAUCACUCAAUGGUCUAAACUCUGGAAAUACUUAUUUUGAGACCUUUAAAGCUUCACUUGAGAGAUUCCGCAGAGAAGAAAAUACUAGUGUGAAACUGACUAGAAAAACCUUAAAAACAAUGCAAUUGAACUCCAAAAACUACCCAGGAAGAAAUAUCAGCUUAAAAUAAUGUGUACACCUUACCCACUGACUUCAGAACAAAAUUCCAAAAAAUAUGACCAAAAUCCCACCUCAACUCUCCUCCUCCUGACCUAAUACCCUUCAUCAGCUUAAAACUAAACAAAACAGUCCUAACCAAACAACCCCAUCCAAACCCCCCUUCCCAGAACCCCUCUCCCACCUCUAAUCCCUUCACAACCCCCUAAAAUCCCC